AUACAUAUACCAAAUAAUAGCAAUAUUUAUUCAAAAUACUCGCUAUAGAAUGAGAAGCUUUUCAGUCAUUUCAUUAUUCUCGACUUUGAUGAUACUAUUAUAUCAAACGACUGAAACAAAAUCAUUAGAUCUAAGUGAAUAUGGACUUUGUAACGUACAAGGUGAUUCAUCAGAGUGUGCUUUCGCUUGUCAAGAAAUAGUACAAGGAAGAGGUAGCUGUAUUUUUAAUAAAUGCUAUUGUACUGAAAUGACAGAAAUUGGGAAAUGUGAAGAUGAUAAUCAUGAAUCUUGCGAUGCACUCUGUCAAGAUAUGUCUCCAGAUUUGAUUGGCUUCUGUAUGGAUGAUCAAUGGGUACCGCCAACAGCAGAACCACCAUCUUCUACUCCAGUAACAUCCGCGCCUAAUACAGUUGUUUUAACAAAGGGAGAAUGUGAUGUAGCUACAGGGGAUAUACGAUGUCGAUAUGCUUGUGGUCCAGAACAACUUCAACCUAUGUGUAUUUCAGGUCAAUGUUAUUGUACAAAUGUUGGACUUGGUAGUUGUAAAGUAGGUAGAAAUAGUGAAGGUUGUAUUGCCAUUUGUCAACAUCUAGGAAAGACCUCAAAGGGUUGUUUCGAGGGUGAAUGUAAUUGUGAUUAAUAAAGCAGCCAUAAUCCUAUUUAUAACAGUUGACCAUCAUAGUCUAGCUUAUUUUUAUUAUUUUCAUAAAUGUAUAUGUGUAUAAUUGUAUAUAUUUAUAUAUACAUAUUUACAUGUAUUUAUAUAUGAUAUACAUAUUUGUAUGUAUCUUAUUUAUUUAUUUAUUUUCUUUACUCCUUUUAUAUAUACAUGUAUUUUCUCCUUUAUUGUUCUCUCACCCCCCCUCCCUCUUUUAUUAU